AAAAAACAAAGUUUUCCCAAAAACCUCCAUUGAUUCAAAUUCCUUCAAGUAAAUACACCUUUAAAAAAUAAAUAAAUAAAUAAAGAGUGGGAAGAAGAGCUCUCAAAGUUUCUACAAACACUUGUUUUGGGAGAGUUGUAGUUUCAUAAAAGGGAAAGUGAAAGGAAAACCAGGAGGAAAAGAGAAAGUUUUCUAGUGAUCAUCAUCAUCAUCUUCUUCUUCUUCUUCUUCUUUAGAUAAGAUUCAUAAGGCCAUGAACCGAGGUGUGUUGCAGAGCUCACCGGUGCAGCAACUGAUGGCCGGAAACCCUAACUGGUGGAACAUCAACACCAUGCGCCCACCAACUCAUCAUCACCAACAAGCGGCGGCAGUGGCGGCAGCACCUUCUCCUUUCUUGCAUCCUCCUCCCACUACUUUCUUCUCUCACACACCCACUUCUUCUUCUUCGUCUUCUUCAUCUUCUUCACUUCCCGUUCCUUCUUGGCAUGAUAAUAACCAGGAGCUUCCUGAGUCAUGGAGUCAACUUCUCUUGGGUGGAUUGGUAGGAGAAGAAGAAAAGGGGGGUGAUAUAGGACAGUUUCAAGCGUUACACCAAGUCUCAAAUGCUAAUUCUGUUGUGGAUGUGAAACAAGAAAACUCUGCAAGCAGCUAUGUGUAUGGACAUGCAAGUGAAGAUUUUCAUCAUCACCAGGCGAAUAAACCAGCUUGGUUUCACCAGAUAUCGUCAGCUGCUUCAUCACCUAAGUCCAGUGUCACAAGUUUCAGCAGUAACAUGUUGGAUUUUUCAGGCAACAAAGCUGAACAUGGGAGGCAGCCACAGCCAGAUCGGUCUUCUGAGUGUAACAGCACUGCAACAGGGGGGCCAUUGAAGAAGCCUAGGGUUCAACCUUCUGCAACCCAAUCUACCUUAAAGGUGAGGAAGGAAAAAUUAGGAGACAGGAUUACAUCACUUCACCAGCUAGUUUCUCCAUUCGGGAAGACUGACACAGCGUCUGUAUUGUCAGAAGCUAUUGGGUACAUCAGAUUCCUUCAGAGUCAAAUUGAGGCUCUCAGCUUACCUUACUUGGGCAGUGGAUCAGCUAACAUGAGGCACCAACAACAAUCUGAUUGUAAAGAAGAAGCAAAGAAAGACCUGAGGAGUAGAGGGCUGUGCUUGGUUCCAGUAUCAUGCACGCUUGAAGUAUGGAGUGGUGACAAUGGAGCUGAUUACUGGGCACCUCCACCUGCUCUGGGUGCUGGAUUUUUCCGAUAGGAGAAUUACUAGGCUUUAUUUAGAACUAUUAGAAGAUGAAAAAAAAUAAAAAGAAAAAAGAUUAAAAACACAAGAGAUCUCAUCAUUGAUGAAAAAUGAUAUAACAUCAUGAGCAGUCACUCUUCGAAUUUUUUUUAAUUAAAAAAAAAAAGUUGCAAGGCUGAUUGCUCAUGAUGCUAUACAAGAUCUUUCUUUCUUUGGAGUAUUUCGUCGAUCAUGUUGGUAUUUCGUCGAUCAUGUUGUGUGCUUAGCUCAAGCCUUGUGAUUUGUAAGAACUAUCUCUCUCUUUCUAAUUUACUACUAAUUAAGAUAUAAGCUUAGCUGCUAAACUAUUUGCGUUUACUUAUGUAUGUAUAUCCACUAGUAUGAAUUUGACUGAAAUUACCAGAUGUAAUAUUGAACGUCAAUUCAUCGAAUAUUAUAUUAAAAUAUAUUGCCCUUUUUCUAUCUUAA